CCCGCCGCAGAGCCCACCUCCUCCCUCCCCUCUCUCUCUCUCUCUCCUACCCUACCACCAUGGCGUCCGCCGAGACCCCCAACCCCGACGCCGAAAUCCCCAACACCGACGCCGCCGCCGCCGCCGACCCAGCUGCCGCCGCCCCAGCUGCCGCCGCCACCGACCCCGCCGCCGCUGGAUCGCCGUCGCCCCCGCUCCCGCCACGCAAACGCCGCCUCUCCCCUACGCCCUCCCCCACCCGCCGCUCCUCCCGCUCCCGCUCCCGCUCCCCGCGCCGCGGCCGCAGCCGCAGCCGCUCCCGGAGCAGGAGCCGCGGGCGGAGCGCCAGCCCGCGGUACCCCGAUGGGAAGCGGAGGCGGCACAACGACCUCAACGUCGAGGUGUGCCGCGACUUCCUCCGCGACAGGUGCGCCCGCGCCGACAUCGAGUGCAAGUACGCGCACCCGCACCCCACCGUCGCCGUCGACAGGGACAGCAAGGUGACGGCGUGCGCGGACUCGCUGCGGAACAACUGCUUCCGGGGAAGGACCUGCCGCUACUACCACCCGCCCCCUCAUAUCCAGGAGUCAUUAUUGAGAUCAAUUGGUGUGGAAGACCCAAAGGUGAAGAUGCAGGUUUGCAGAGAUUUUACACGUGGACGAUGUUCAAGAUCAGCAAACGAGUGCCGAUUCUUGCACCAUUCACCCCUUGAGGAUUGUGCAAUUGUUUGCCAAGAUUUCUUGCGUGGGAGGUGUGAUCGUAAAUCAUGUAGAUACUCUCAUGUUAUGGCCCAUCCAAUGCCACCCCCAAUGAGGGAUAUUCCCAUGCAAUACCCUGAUAUGGUUUACAUGCCACCACCAGCACCCCUUGGAGUACCUAUGAUGAUGCCUCCCCCUUCAGCCCCUGCAGCCUUUUCUGGUAAUAACUACGGAGUGGAAGUUUGCAGGGACUACUUGAAGAACAUGUGUAAUAGAGAAUCCUGCAGAUUUGCACACCCGGAUUUGAAUAAUGAGGUGAUGAAUACCCAAGUUGAAGUUUGCCGUGAUUUUAAGCGAGGAGAAUGCAAUCGACCUGCCUGUCGCUUUUACCAUCCACCUGCAAGCUCAAAUUCUAUUGGAUAAAGUAAAGUAACUUAUAUCCAAUGUUUUGUUUCCUUUGAAUUCAGAAUCAAAUUAGCAUCAAAUAGCUGCAAAGCACAUACACAGAGCGCAUACAACCCUUAGAAAUGUCCAAAUCAAAUUUACCUAAGACCUUAAUUCCUUAUGGAUGUUCUGUCCAUUCAAAACAGCUGGAGCAAUCAUAUGAUGUUUUAAGGUUGCAAAAUUUUGUUUGCCAACUGAUCAUGUGGGUAAUAUAGCAUGUACCUAUGAAAUGCUAGCAUAGACUAGUACUCUUUCCAUGCAAAGAGGUAUAGCAUUGUUGAAAAUGUCCUCUAAAAUGUGCUAAUUUUGUUCACCAUAUGGUCAUGCCAUUUGAUAUAUACUGUUGAAAUGUUUUAAUAUGAGAUAACUUCCGUUGUCUUUGAUUAAACAUCAGCUGCCAUUGUGGUCAGUUCUAUUCCUUAGUUCCAUUAGUGUUUCUUGACAUAUUAACCACACAACAAUGACAUAUUAUCUAUUAUAUGAGUAUAGUGUUUCAGAAAAUUAUAUUAGUUUGUGGACUUGGUCUGCAAUGCAGGCUGAUGUUUGAUGAAAUGAUCUAUGAUAUGUUAUCCUCCAAUUAUUCUUUGAAGUUUGGUUGUGAUAAAAUGAAUCAUUUAUUUCAUGUCAUGAAUUCCUAUCAAGUGAAGUUACAAUUUUUUGUGUAAUCAUUAGCGCACUAUACUUGUAUUAUUCUUCCAGCUUUAACAUGAUCAUUAAUUAUUGUGGUGUGCUUUAGUGGCUUAAAAAUAUAGUUAGCUGAGUCAUCUGUCAUUUGACAUGUUUCAAGUCUACUCCAGUGUUUAAGUUACAGUGUAUCUAUAUUCCAUUGACAACUCAGAUAGGGUCAACAUGCAGAUUUCACCUUUUAUUAUUUCCCUUUAUGGAACAAAUCAACAAAAUAUUAAAUGCAGAGAGUUCUUAUUAUUUGAUUUUUUAGAUUUUUUAAUUGACAAUGGUAUUAGCUCUCUUUAACAAAUGGGUACUCGUUGUUUCCUCAGUAUUGAGUGCCCUGCCCUGCUGCCGCUGCUACCGCUCUGCUGCUGCUAAAUCUGCUACUGCUGCCAAAGAGCUGCUGCGCUGGCUGUUGUGCUGCUUGCUAAGAUGUCAUAGACAAUGAAAAGCCUAAAAAAGUUCUAUGUAACAGAAGAGAUUAUCAUCGUGUGAUGUUUCAGAGGUUGCUUAAACUUGACUCAGUUCUUUCUCUCUUUAAAAAGGGGAUUGCACGAGUGGUUGUGUACUAGCCUUCAUAAAGAUGUUUUAAUUUUGAGUUUGCCGUCUGCAUAUGAUUCAAUUUGUUUGUCGCAUCAUUCAUUCUUUUGCACUUCUUUAAUCAAUGUUUUGCUACUGUUGCCUGUUGGAGGAUAUUUUGGAAUUCCUUUUGGUAAAGUAGAGCCAGGUCGGAUUUAAUCAGUACCCCACUACAAGCGAUUAGGGAGAACCAAAUGUCAACGAGCUGAGUGAUCUGUUUACUGGAAAUCACGCUGCUGUAUUGCUGCUGCAUGAGCUAAGUGGUUAAAGCACAAACUGUGAACACCAAACGAGCAUCAGUUUUGCUGUUGCCCUGUCUGGAAUUAGCUGAUCCCACAGCUUUGUGGAUUCCAUUGGAUAGUUUAUCUUUGGUUUCCAACGGCAUCAUGUUGGGGAAUCUUGACACCAUGAGUCCAUGACACUUUUUUUGGGGGACAAUUUAUGAAAUUAUCUAUACUUUCUUUCGGACCACCAGACCGAAAUCAGAAUCAGUAUCAAGGCUACUUAAAGAUCAGGAUUGUUUUGCAUAUGUCCAAGGAGUAUCUCUCUUCCAAGGUCGUCAGGCAAAGUGGCAAUCACAUGCAGCCAGGGCCAAUUUGCCAUUUACUUAGUGCGAGCUUCUCAUGUCUGGCGAUCGUAACAUUUUACAUUUGCACCUUGGUUGUUUACCUGUGGUGGACUGCAGAAGCUGUUUGGUGGUGUACCGAUGGUUUCUGAGGAUCUGGGACUGCAUCUGGCAUCUGGUCAAGAUGGUGUAGCAGCUGAUCACUUCUUUUUUGUGGGGGGCAGAAACUGCUGUGAGAAUUGGGGCAUGUACCUGUUUUGGCGGCCGAUUGGAACUUAAAAGAUAGGAGUGACAUGGCCAUUUAUUUCGUCA